GAAGAAUCAGACAUUACUCUAGCCAUAUGAUAUUAUCCUGAACUUGUCGUACACAAUGGUCUUGGCUAAAGCGACAAACGCAGAGGACAUCGCAGAAGCACUGGAUGCCCUUUCACCGUCGGAGGUUGUAGACUCAAAGCGUCUGCUGUCCUCUUUCCGCGCCUUUUUCGCCCGAGGAUCCGCUCGCGAUUUCUUCCAAUUGCUACCCAACCCGGGACCUUCAAUUCACCCUCUCCACCCCCUCCGACAGGACCUGGAUCCAGAGCCUCUGAAAUUACAAUGCGUUACCCAACCCGGAAGCGAAGGACAUCAGGCUCAACUCCAACCCUGAGACCAGCUCGGUUUAGACUUCCUGAUUGUUAUUCAACCGACACCGACGGUUUCUCUUUGGAAAUACAUGCGGCUUGGUCAUUCUUUAUGGCGCAUGACUCAGCACAGACCCAGGUUCACCAGCUGAUGCGUGUUCUGGACAGAGUGUUGAAUGCUAUCCACCGACCAGCCAGUUUCUAUCGUUCACUGUGGUCGGCACACAGAGAAUAUGUUUUUGGCUCCAGUCAGACAGCUGCCUCUCGAAUUUGCCGCUUGUUUCAAGGCAGAAAAGUCAUCGACCAGGAAUCACAACGUUUUGAAAGUGCUGGUCGGCUGUCUCUAGUCUUCCUCACUCAUGAUGUAGAGGUAAUGAAGGCGCAGAACUGGAAGCUUGCUCCAGGCCAAAGUCGUCAGCAUGCUGCUGUGAUGUCGAUCUCACAGCAGCUCAAUAUGGAUGCGGAGGAAAUCAGGAAGGAUUGGAGGCGUAGUCGUAACUACAUCAAAUUGUGGGAGGAAUGUGGCCCAGCAUCCUUACUAGAGCUUGGUACAGGAAUCAAUUGGUAAUGGCAAAUUUGGGAGAAGGCCCUUAGCAAACAUGAUGUCGCUCUAUUUAUUGAGUACUAUAAAGAAAGGUAACAACAGCCACCUGCUCCAACAA